AUGAUCCAAAAACAACUUUUACAAAAGCCAGGGAAGACGCAGACAGGUUUGCUGCUAUGCACUUCUCCAACAUUUUCAUUUGAGCCGGCUUCCCCGCCUUCCCAGCCUUUUGCUGCUGCUGCUGCCGCAGCAACUGCUGCUGCUGCUGCUGCGGCAGCAGCAGCUGCUGCUUUGCUGCGCCAGGAGCAGCGGCAGAAGCUGCUGUUUUUGCUGCUGCAGCAGCGGCAGCACUGCCUGCUGCUUCUGUUGUAG